CUGGAAGGUACUGCGCUCCCAGUAUUUGCAGUCACAAGAAAAGGCAACACAAGAUUUGGGUGUAAAACAGAAACAAGAACCAAACUUUGCUGCAAAGGAUUGGUGUGAUGAAGCAGAUGACUGGGGAGUCUGUGAUGGAGCAGAAUCUCCUGCAUGUGCCUCCCUUCAACUGCUUGGCUUAAAUGAAGCAGUGAGCAGCUCCUUAUCCAGGGAGGUGGAGUGUGCAUCCCAGUUCCAACAGCUUUGCUUGUGGGAAGCUGCGGACGGGUCAGGUUCCCUGAAUACACAUCCUGCAGCCAGCGAGGGAACGGUAAUGGUCACCUCUAGUUCAGCUCCUGUGUUCCAGCCCUUUUACAUUAGUGUUGUGGAUGAGGAAGACUACACUGGUUUCCUCGAUACAGAUCAUGCAGAUAAGCUGUUGAAGGAGUAUCAGCAGAGAGAGGGUGUUGAUUUGGAACAGUUGAUGUCAGAAAGUUUUGCAGGUGAAGGUGAUAAUGAAAAAUAUGAGAAGAGUGAAGUCAAAAGCAAGGAUCACACUUUCCAUAAAUUUAUGAAAAGAAUAUCUGCAUGUCAUGCACAGAUUCUAAGAUACUCUUGGGGUGGCCAGCCCUUAUUCAUAACGAGUCCUCCAGCCAACAUUGACAAAGAUAUUCCAUCCUGCAGUACCUGUGGAAGCAAGAGAGUAUUUGAAUUUCAACUCAUGCCAGCGCUGGUCAGCAUGCUUCAGAGUGACUCAGAUCUGUCAGUGGAAUUUGGAACUGUUAUAGUUUACACAUGUGAGAGAAGCUGUUGGCCAACAAAUCAUCAGACCCCACUUGAAGAAUUUAUUUUUGUACAAGAAGACCCAGAUCAGAAAUUAUUUAAAUAAAUUAUAUUUCUCUGCAGAGAUGGAAA